GGAUCGCGGAUCGCGGAUCGCGGAUCGCGCCGCGCCAGCCGGCUACUUUGCAGGCACCUGCGUCCCAGCCGUGCCCGCGGCCAUGGCCACCGACUCGUGGGCCCUGGCGGUGGACGAGCAGGAAGCGGCAGCCGAGUCGUUGAGCAACUUGCAUCUUAAGGAAGAGAAAAUCAAACCAGAUGCCAAUGGUGCUGUGGUCAAGACCAAUGCUAAUACAGAGAAGGCAGAUGAAGAAGAGAAAGAGGACAGAGCCGCCCAGUCCUUACUCAACAAGCUGAUCAGAAGCAACCUUGUUGAUAACACCAACCAAGUGGAAGUUCUGCAGCGGGAUCCAAACUCCCCGCUCUACUCAGUGAAGUCCUUCGAGGAGCUUCGGCUGAAACCACAGCUUCUCAAGGGAGUCUACGCCAUGGGCUUCAACCGUCCAUCCAAGAUACAAGAGAACGCGUUGCCUUUAAUGCUUGCUGAGCCCCCACAGAACUUAAUAGCCCAGUCUCAGUCUGGUACUGGUAAAACAGCUGCCUUUGUGUUGGCCAUGCUCAGCCAAGUAGAACCUGCAAACAGAUACCCCCAGUGUCUGUGCCUCUCCCCAACUUACGAGCUCGCUCUUCAAACGGGAAAAGUGAUUGAGCAGAUGGGCAAAUUUUACCCUGAACUGAAGCUAGCUUAUGCUGUUCGUGGCAAUAAAUUGGAAAGAGGUCAGAAGAUCAGUGAGCACAUUGUCAUCGGCACCCCUGGGACCGUUCUGGACUGGUGCUCCAAGCUCAAGUUCAUUGACCCCAAGAAGAUCAAGGUGUUUGUUCUGGAUGAGGCUGACGUGAUGAUAGCUACUCAGGGCCACCAAGAUCAGAGCAUCCGCAUCCAGAGGAUGCUUCCCAGGAACUGCCAGAUGCUGCUUUUCUCUGCCACCUUUGAAGACUCUGUCUGGAAAUUUGCCCAGAAAGUGGUCCCAGACCCAAACAUCAUCAAACUGAAGCGCGAGGAGGAGACACUGGACACCAUCAAGCAGUAUUACGUCCUGUGCAACAGCAGAGAUGAGAAGUUCCAGGCCUUGUGUAAUAUCUACGGGGCCAUCACCAUUGCUCAAGCCAUGAUCUUCUGCCAUACCCGCAAAACAGCUAGUUGGCUGGCAGCAGAGCUCUCAAAGGAAGGCCACCAGGUGGCUCUGCUGAGUGGUGAGAUGGUGGUGGAACAGAGGGCUGCAGUGAUUGAGCGCUUCCGAGAGGGCAAAGAGAAGGUGCUGGUCACCACCAACGUGUGUGCCCGCGGUAUCGAUGUGGAACAGGUGUCUGUCGUCAUCAACUUUGACCUUCCCGUGGACAAGGAUGGGAACCCGGACAACGAGACCUACCUGCACCGGAUCGGGCGCACCGGCCGCUUUGGCAAGAGGGGCCUGGCCGUGAACAUGGUGGACAGCAAGCACAGCAUGAACAUCCUGAACAGAAUCCAGGAGCAUUUCAAUAAGAAAAUAGAAAGACUGGACACCGAUGACUUGGACGAGAUUGAGAAAAUAGCCAACUGAGAAGCUUCUUCAGUCACUGGUGCCGCCCUCGGUGCUCCCCCUGCACGGGACACUAGUGCUUUCACGGGACACUAGUGCUUUCACGGCACAGGCCUCAACAGUCAACACAAAGAUGAAGGCACGAGUAGAGAGAAACUACCUACCUCAUUUUAAAUUACGUUUGGACUUGACAAAAAUUGUACAAGUGAUGGGGAAGGUAGAAAAAAAUUGUUUACACAACUUUUGAAGAUUAGGCAUGAAUACACAGAAAUUUACCUUUUGGAAA